CGAGGAGCAUGUUCCAGGACGGACAAUAUUCAUGAGGAUGGCCGGUAAAAGAUGGUAGUGCUGAGCUGUCAUUGAAAGCUUGAACGUGAAGUGCAAGUAAGCCAAAGAAAGAAAAUAAAAUGACGCUUGCUCACAAAGAUAGCCGCCAGCGUCGGCAACACUAUCAGUAUCCAAAUUCAAAUAGUAAUGACCAAAACUGUUCAGAUGGAAUGGAGGAAGGAGACCGAGAAGCUUUGAUUCAGGACUCGGAAGUGCCUGCACAUAGAGGACUUACAGGUAUCAGAGGAGAGCUGGGAAAUAUCCUUUUGCUGCUCCUCUUGUACAUUUUGCAGGGAAUUCCUUUGGGACUGGCGGGAAGCAUUCCUUUAAUCCUCCAGAGUAAAAAUGUUAGUUAUACAGACCAAGCCAUUUUCAGUUUUGUCUUCUGGCCAUUCAGUCUGAAGCUGCUCUGGGCACCUCUUGUAGACUCCCUUUACAUCAAGAAGUUUGGCCGAAGGAAAUCUUGGUUGGUUCCUACCCAGUACUUGUUAGGACUGUUUAUGGUGUUCCUGUCAUUUACAGUGGAUGAUCUCCUCGGAGGGGAUCAUGGACCGGACAUGUUUGCUUUAACUGCUACUUUCUUCCUGUUUGAGUUCUUGGCUGCCACGCAGGAUGUUGCUGUGGAUGGCUGGGCUCUCACUAUGCUGUCCAGAGAAAACGUGGGGUAUGCGUCCACAUGCAAUUCAGUGGGGCAGACAGCUGGAUACUUCAUGGGCAACGUUCUGUUUCUUGCGCUUGAAUCGAAAGACUUCUGCAACAAGUACUUGAGAUCUACACCACAGCCUAAAGGAAUUGUUACCCUUCCAGACUUCCUGUUCUUCUGGGGAAUGGUGUUCUUCAUUACCACAACUUUAGUGGCUCUUCUGAAAAAGGAAAACUCUGCAGGAAAGGCUAUGCGAGAAGAGACGGAGAGCGUGAAAGAAGCGUAUGGGCUCCUGCUCAGUAUAGUCAAGAUGCCUGCCGUCCUGAAAUUUUGCCUCAUGAUCCUGACGGCGAAGAUUGGAUUCUCCGCUACUGAUGCAGUUACAGGUCUUAAGCUUGUAGAAAGAGGAGUUCCAAAAGAACAUUUGGCUCUCUUGGCUGUUCCAAUGGUUCCGCUGCAAAUAUUAUUGCCUUUAUUAAUCAGCAAGUACACUGCUGGUCCCAAACCUCUAAAUGUCUUCCACAAAGCCAUGCCUUUCAGGUUGCUUAUGGGCCUACUAUUUGCCUUUAUAGUCUGGUGGACUCCACACAUAAGCCAUGAAGGAGGCUUCCCCAUGUACUACUAUGCUGCUCUCCUGUUGAGCUAUGCCUUACAUCAGGUUGCGCUAUAUAGCAUGUUUGUGGCAAUCAUGGCUUUCAAUGCCAAAGUGAGUGAUCCUCUCAUUGGAGGAACCUAUAUGACCCUUUUAAAUACAGUGUCCAAUCUUGGAGGGAAUUGGCCAGCGACGGUGGCACUUUGGUUUGUGGAUCAUCUGACAAGUAAAGAGUGUGUUGGAGCAGAUGGCCAGAGCUGUGCCGAUCAUGAUUCUGCUGAGCUGUGUGUAAGACUUAAUGGCACAUGUGUGACAACACUAGAUGGUUAUUUUGUGGAGUCUAUGAUAUGUGUGGUCAUUGGCUUCUGCUGGUGGUUCUUUCUGGGACCGUCAUUUAAGAAACUACAGGACGAAGGGCAAUCUUCAUGGAAGUGCCAGCGGAGGAGACGCAAUUUCUGUUAAAAUUGGAAGAAAUAACUGAAUAUUCAAAAUCAAUCCUAGCCUUUGAACAGUUCUACACUCGACUCUUCUAGAAAACAAAAUAAAUCCUUGCUAUAUUGUUUAUGAAAGCUCAGUAUGUCCUCAGUCACAGCUACGUGGGUUGUCUGUACUGUGUUAUCCUCGGGUAGAGUACACGUAAACCAGAAAAAGAGCUGUUAUGGGGUCACUG